AUGUACGAUAGUGAGCCAGCGAUUCAAGUGGAGGCGGCGCUGUACGACGACAAUCACGAUUUGAAAGAGGAAGCUGAGACGAAAGAGGAAGCUGAGACGAAGAUAUCUGCGUGGCAGACCGCUAAGAUUGCCAAGAUUAAUAACAGGUUGAAGCGUGAGGACGCCAUCUUCAGUGUUUGGGAGAGAGAGCAGGUUCAGAAGGCCACUUCACGGAUGAAGAAAGUUGAGAGGAAGCUGGAGGAGAAAAGAGCAAGAGCGUUGGAAAAAAUGCAGAACGAAGUAGCAAAAGCACACAGGAAAGCAGAGGAAAGGAAGGCAUCAGCAGAGGCCAAGAGGGGUUCCAAAGUGGCUAGGGUUCUAGAUAUAGCCAACUUGAUGAGAGCUGUUGGAAGACCUCCUGCCAAGAGGGCCUUCUUUUAAGCAUAUGCUACAAGAGUCCCUUCACCUUUCAAGUAUAGUUAUUCUAUAUAAAGGGGAAUAUCUUCAAACAAACAUAGAACUACAUACUUUUAAUUUAGAUUCAACUAUUCAAGUAUGUGGACUUCUUUGGUCUGUGAGUGAUAGUGUGGAACCAAUUUUCUUGUCUUGUACAGCAUCCGUAUCCUAUAUGGGUAAGCUUAAGAAUUUCAGUUUUGUGCA